AGGAGGAAGAGCAACUCGAGUCUUGGUUUUGCCGAGGACGAAGAGGUCGGACUUCAGAGCCGCUCUAGCUGUCGCGGACUCCACAUUCCACCAGAAAAGCUCUCCCGUGUGUGGUGACCAGUCACUCGGCUAGGGCCCAAGAUCCCACUCUCACUCAUUCUAUCACACUCCCUGAGUAAACGUAACCACCCGAAAACAUGUCUGACGACGAGGACCAAUACUCCAGCGAGGAGGAGGUCGAGGAAGUGUAAGCAGCCGGAGAAGAAGAUCGAGGGUAGGGCGUCCCAAAAGGAAUCCGCCGAGAAUCCCGAGUUCAUGAAGAGGCAGGAACAGAAGAGGAGCGAUCUCGAUGAACAGCUCAAGGAAUACAUCGCCGAAUGGAGAAAGCAGAGGGCCAAGGAGGAGGAUGAACUCAAACGACUGAAGGAGAAGCAAGCCAAGCGCAAGAUCACCCGCGCAGAUGAAGAGAAGCGAUUGGCCCAGAAGAAGAAGGAGGAGGAAGAGCGUCGCCAGCGUGAAAUCGAGGAGAAGAAACAGCGAGACAUCGAGGAGAAGAGAAGGCGCCUCGAGGAAUCCGAGAAGAAGCGCCAGGCUAUGAUGCAGGCGAUGAAGGAUCAGAGCAAGAAGGGACCCAACUUCACCAUCACCAAGAAAGACCUGGCCGGCAAUCUCUCUUCGGCACAGCUGGAACGCAACAAGACGAAAGAGCAGCUCGAAGAGGAGAAGAAGAUCUCUCUCAGCUUCCGUAUCAAGCCUCUGGAGAUCGAAGGUCUGUCAAUUGACAAGUUGCGCGUAAAGGCCCACGAGCUUUGGGAAGCCAUCGUGAAGCUCGAGACGGAGAAGUACGAUCUUGAGGAGCGUCAGAAGCGUCAGGAUUAUGACCUUAAAGAACUGAAGGAGAGGCAGAAGCAGCAGCUGAGGCACAAGGCUCUCAAGAAGGGUCUCGACCCUGAAGCUCUCACCGGCAAGUACCCACCCAAGAUCCAGGUUGCCUCCAAGUACGAGCGUCGUGUGGAUACCAGGUCCUACGAUGACAAGAAGAAAUUAUUUGAGGGUGGUCUGACCGACUUAAUCAAGGAAACCACGGAGAAACAAUGGUCGGAACAGAAGCAACAGUUCUUGGGCCGUCAAAAGGCGAAGCUGCCCAAGUGGUUCGGCGAGAGGCCAGGAAAGAAAGCUGGAGAUCCAGAGUCUCCUGAGGGUGAGGAAGACGUUAAGGCAGCAGCCGAUGACGACCUCGAGGAACCUCAGUUGGAGGCAGACGAGGAUGAGGAGGUUGAGGAGGAGGAAGUCGAGGAGGAGGAGGAAGAAGAGGAGGAAGAGGAAGAGGAGGAAGAAGAGGAAGAGGAGGAAGAAGAGGAGGAGGAGGAGGAAUAAAUUAAUCAAAACCAAAAUAUUCCAAAUCCACCACCUCAUUCACCUCAUAAUCGACCUCAUUCGUAACAAAACCUCACUUAUGCACCUCGCGUGCGUGUAAUCUCUCGCUCUCUUUCACAAACUUUCAAUUUAUCUCUCUCUCUCUCUCUCCCUCCCUCCCUUAUCUUUAAUUCGCGCACUGAAGUGAGCAGAACAACAAGAAUCAAAGAAACAUCAAGGAUUCGCAACAAUCUUUCACGCCACAUCUUCAUUAACUUAUAUAAAAGUAAUUGAAUAGAUAUUAAAAAAAAAAAGAAUACUAAGCACACAGUUUAGCUAAUCACGUACGUUCACCGGUUUUUUAACAAUCCAGAGCACGUACGCAACACUGUCAGAUUAUGCAGAAAAUCUACACUACUUAUGUUACGCAACGAGAAACUACGCUACUAUUAUUACGAUAAUAUUAUACAAUAUGAUUAUUAAAAUAAAACGGUUUAUCGUAUAAACUGCAGCAGCA